GAUAUAUCGCAUCGGCAAAUGGAGACAGAGUUCUACAACAGCGUGAAUUGGGCCCUCACGACUGAUCCCACUGAUGCCUUGUUCCCCUGGGACGUCGGCGUGGAUGCGGAUAUCCUCCCGCAGUCAACGCAGGCAGACGCCGGACCUGGAGGCGGAGGGUGGGGGGAUCUGGACCAGCUGCUCUCCGCAUCUUCCUAUCCGGUCCCGGAGGCUCAACUCCAGCCUCAGGCAGAGAUCAAGUAUAACAGCGCCGUGCCUUUACUUGGUGGGCUGCUUGUGGAUAACGAUAACCAGUCGAGCACGGACUCUGGCAACCAGCAUACCAGUGCAGACGAAUCCACAACCGCCACCGCGCCUGUACCUGCACCCAGGAAUCGGCCGCCAAAGCAGCGGGCCUCUGAACCAGCCAGGAAACGGGGCCGGCCCAGAAAACUUAUUGAGGAUGGUGGUCUAAAUGCAGAAGAGCGCCGUCGCACCCAAGUCCGCAUGGCGCAGCGCGCCUACCGUUCCCGCAAAGAGGCAAGUGUCUCCUCGCUGAAGGAGCGCAUCGGUCAGCUCGAGGCAGCAAUGAAGCAGAUCAGCACGGCUGUGAUCUCGUUUGGCGACGAUCUCGUCCGCUCGGGAGCUCUAGACACGCAUCCGGAGCUGCUCAAGCCGCUCGGGAAUACAGUGCAGGCUUGCUUGGCGCUGCCGGCGAUCCCUCAUAACGAGAGUGUCGCCGGCUCCCCGUUCGAUAAUACCGGCCACAAGCGGGGGAUGCUUCCGUUAUCGUCUAGCUCUAGUUCGGACGGUACGACGGGGGAUGCAAUGACCAUGUCCAUCCCCGAGUUCAUCGACCGCUUGCACGUAACCUGCAGCUACCAAGCGUACCUCGUUACUGCGAACCCGUCGGUCCCACAGCGGCGCAUCGAGCGGCCGUUCCGUAUCCUGCUAUCUCUUAUGCCCCGCGCCUUUGUGGCCGAGUAUUUCAAAGACUGGUUGCUCGCUAGAGCAGGACACAAGAGUAUGGACCAGUGGGACCAUAUACCCUUUUUUAGAAUCGGAGGGGCAGGAACGCAUUAUCCGGCUCCUAGCGGGAACGUGCACUACCCGUUCCCCUCUCCUCGCAGUUCGGCGGCUGUGCAGGAGGACGUGUCCGCCUUUACCGCGGACAUGGGCGACGAGGUUGAGGAUAUCUGGUUUGAUCUCGGCGAUUUGCAGGGUUAUUUAACAGAGAGAGGGGUCGUUUUCCCGGCGUCUAGCCCGGGCGCUGGUACCGUCCCGUUAGGGCUGGGGUUGAGGGAGCAGGCUGCAACGGAUGUGGCGCGGUUUAUGCAGUCCCUAGUUCGCAUCGCAAUCUGCCUCGGCCGGUCACCGGGCUUCCGGCGCCGCGAUGUUGAAAGAAUCGUGGACGCAUUCUUUGCCUCUCAAACCUCACAAGUUGUAUAA